AUGAUUAGUUUAAUAUUUCUAUUGUUUGGAGUAUCAGAGAAUUUAAAUUUGGGUGAGAUUUAAUGUGAUUAAUUUAAUGAUGAAGGAUCAUGUAGAUAGAGUGGGUAUUGUUAGUGGUCUGGAUAAUGCUAUGGUCAAUAUUGCCAUUUAAUAGAUGAAGUUUAAUCAUGUAGAAGUAAUGGAGCUAUGAGUUCAAAAUGUACAGCUGUUCCUUAUACUCCACUUUAAUAUGUUUAAUCCUGUUAUGAAAAGACAUUUACAGAAUAAAAAGUUUAUUAUUACCGACAUGUUUCUGAUUUGAGAAUAGAGGAGAUACAAUAAACAAGUGUUUUAUUAGGAGAUUUAAUUAAUGAAGAGCGAACCAUUACUAAUAUGUUUAGACUAUACAAUCUUGAUAUUAUAUCUAGAUAGAAUGAUGAAUUAAAUUAAAUUUUGGAUUUAUAUAUUUCAUAUGCAACCAUAUUUAUUAGUGAAUAUUCUCAUCCUUAUUAUUUGGAGAGGAUUAUAUAUGAGGCAAUCUAAAAUAUUCGUGAUGAUAACAAAAUAACUGUUUAAUAAAAGUAAAAUACUAUGCCUAAGAUCGAAUAAUUGUUAGACAUUUACUAUGUAAGAUUGAAGAGCUUUUCAGAAUAUUAUUAUACACAGUAUAAUUUUAUUAAUUUUAACUAAAUUCAUUUAAAAUAUUUAAUACUAGAAUAUUAAGGAUUAGCUACUAUAACGUGGACUAGUUAUGAAAGUAAUGGAAUGUUGUAAGUAACUGUAUUAUCUGCAGAAAUUUUUGGGAAAUAAUCUCCUUUGACUCCUAUAUAUAUUAUUCGAACAAGUAACAGUAUCAAUUUAUAAUAUAAAUUAAAAUGUUUUUUCAAUACGAAUCAUCCAGUAGCACUUAAACAAAUUGAUUUAAUUACAAUGAAAAUGUAUGAAACAUAUGUGCAACCAUAAUGUACUACUAAUUAUUGUGAAGUAGAAUUAUAGGGAGCAGGUAAUUAUUUGUUUAUAGAUUUAACAAUAAAUGAUGAUUGCUCUCAUAUUCUAAGUGUAGCUACAUGUAAACUAGCCAAUUGUGUGGUAAAUCUUCUAAGUCAGACUUGCAAUUGA